AUGGAGGUGGCAGAGCGAUACAAGGAUGGACAGAUGAGGGAGCGAUGGACGACGGAGUGGCAAAGAGUGCCAUCAAUGUGGAAAAAAGGACUAGCCACAGUCACAGUCAUUUACCGAAGCAGGACAACAUCCCUCUACCUGUCCCUUCGUAUCUGUCAGUCUGUCCCCCUGUUUCCCAGUCCUGAAAAUCGACCCCGUCUAUUGGACAAAGAAACGCCCAAACAGGGAGGCUCAAGAAAAACAAAAGUCUUUGUGCGAUACGUGGUGGACGAGGAGUCACACAGCUUGGAGGAGGCAGAGGAGUCGCCUGUUUUACCGGAAUCCACACUGAACUUUUUGGCCAACCUACUACGUGUACCUACAGCCAUGGAGGAAGAAAUGCGUGCGUGA